AUGGGCAUCCAUAACACCAUUAAUGGAGCCAACUUCUGGAAAAGGGAGAGCGUUUUUAUUUCGUCGCAUUGCGGUCAGAAGCUCUUGAAGUUGAGCCAUAGCGAACGGACUGGCUACGGCAAAGAAGAGGCGGGCAGUCACGAGCUUGUCAGUACGGCAUCCAGACGCACACGCCGCGAGAAUUUUCUGUAUGCGAGAGACGCUGCUGCGACCUCGCCCCUUCCGAUCGAGCCCACGGCAGUUGUUGGAAGGGUAGUCUUGGCGGGGGACGCCACGGUCCAAAAGAUCAUUACAGAGAUCCUGCCACCAUCCUCCGGUCAGACGUUCUCCAAGGAUGCUCGAGAUUUGCUCAUGGAAUGCUGCGUUGAAUUCAUUACUUUGAUCUCCUCCGAGGCCAACGAUAUCAGCGAGAAGGAAGCAAAGAAAACAAUCGCUUGUGAACAUGUGGAGCGGGCUCUGCGUGAUCUAGGAUUCGGUGACUAUAUUCCCGACGUCCUUGCCGUCGCAGAGGAACAUAAGGAGCAACUGAAGUCGCGAGAGAAGAAGCAAAGCAAGAUGGAGCAAAGCGGCCUUACCGAGGAGGAACUGUUACGACAGCAACAAGAGUUGUUUCGCUCGGCCACAGAAAAAUACAAUGCUGCUCCGGAAUGA